GGGGGGGGGGGCUGUGACACCCAACGUUUGGUUGUUAUCAGCCUGUGGCCAUGACGUGUGGUGCUCAGUUUCCUAAUCUAUUUGGCCCCUUGUCUGAGGUUACGCCAACUCUGUGAGUGCAACUAAGAAUGUGUGUUGGAUAUCUUCAAAACUUUGAAGUUGAACGCGUUCAGUGAGUCAUCAGGGUAUAGGAUGAGCUGUCAUUGGUCGGAAGCCGUGGAGACAAAGCGCAUAAAAGCAUACAUGUCAGCACCUUUGAGACUUACACCAUGCCAGGGCGCAUGCGUGCGCAUCUCGCGUUUAGGUUGUUUGGGUUCGAGACGAUGCACACCAUGUUAAUACAAGUCAUCUAAUGACCCGCCGAUUGAUUGACACACACACACACGCAUGCACACAAACGCACACACACACACACACACACACACACACACACACACACACACACACACACACACACACACACACACACACACACACACACAUACACACACACACACACACAGGUGACGACUUUAAUACACUCGCACAAACACUCGGUGGAGCGAGAUCCAGAAGAGCACAUCAGCGCAACACCUUCUCCCGCAGAACGAAGCAAGGAUGGAAGGACCGUGGCAUGCUGCCGCCCCCCUCCGCUCCGGUGGCGCAUUGUGCGUGCUUUUACGCACCGUGGCCAAACCCCAACCCAAAAGGACACCGCAUUGUGGCCAACUAGGCGUCUUCCUGAUCCUCAUAUCGGUGUUUUCACUCAUCCCAGUGGGAAAGGUCUCGUCCCAUCCUCAGUGUUUGGACUUCCAGCCGCCGUUCAAACCGCCGUUUCACCUGGAGUUCUGCUCCCAGUACGAACUGCUAGGCUGCUGCGACCAGGACGCGGACAACCUCAUCGCGGAGAGAUACUGGGAUAUCAUCGAGUACCUGGAGGCCGAGGGCUCUGAGCUCUGCGAUGACAUGUUGAAGGAGGUCAUGUGCCAGGAGUGCUCCCCCUACGCGGCCCACCUCUACGACGCGGAGGACCCCUACACCCCCGUCCGGGAGAUCCCGGGCCUGUGCCCCUCCUACUGCUCCCGGUUCCAUGGCCGCUGCGCCCACGUGGUCGGCCUGCUGACCGACGACCGGCGCCUGCUGGACGCCAGCGCCCGGGGCGCCGCCGCCUUCUGCCGGGCCGCCGGCCUCUCGGACCGGGACUACUGCUACCCCGACGUCCUCGCCGGGCUCCGGCCGGGCGUGGCCCCGGGGCCCGUGGCGGCGGCGGGGGCCCCGGCGGCCGGGUGUCUGCAGCUGUGUCUGGCGGAGGCGGCCAACGGGCUGCGGAACCCGGUGCUGAUGCUGCACAGCGGCGACGGGACGGGGCGCCUGUUCGUGGCCGAGCAGGUGGGCUUCGUCUGGGUGCUGCUGCCGGACGGCGCCCGGCUGGAGCGGCCCUUCCUGGACCUGAGCGGCGCGGUGCUGACCACGCCCUGGCUGGGCGACGAGCGGGGCUUCCUGGGCAUGGCGUUCCACCCGCGGUACCGCGACAACGGGCGCUUCUUCGUGUACUACUCGGUGCUGGCUGGCGGCCGGCUGGAGCGCGUGCGCGUCAGCGAGAUGAGGGUGUCGGAGCGCGACCAGAACAUGGCCGACCCCGGCUCUGAGAGGGUGAUCCUGGAGAUCGACGAGCCGGCAGCCAACCACAACGGGGGCCAGAUCCUGUUCGGUCUGGACGGGUUCCUUCACGUCUUCACCGGGGAUGGAGGCAGGGGCGGGGAUCCGUUCGGGAGGCACGGAAACGCGCAGAACAAGAGCGCUUUAUUGGGUAAAGUCCUUCGUAUCGACGUGGACGGAACGGACACCGGUGGGCGGGGAUACCGGGUCCCGCCCGACAACCCCUUCCUGGGCGAGGCGGGCACCCGUCCGGAGGUGUACGCCUACGGGGUGCGCAACAUGUGGCGCUGUUCGAUGGACCGCGGGGACCCCACCGACGGCCACGGCCGCGGCCGGAUCUUCUGCGGCGACGUGGGCCAGAACCGCUACGAGGAGAUCGACGUCAUCGAGCGCGGCGCUAACUACGGGUGGCGCGCCAAGGAGGGCUUUGAAUGCUACGACCGUGAACUCUGCCACAACCCCGCCCUCAAGGAUGUCCCGCCCAUAUUUGCGUACGACCACAGCGUUGGCAAGUCGGUGACGGGCGGGUACGUGUACCGAGGCUGUGAGUCGCCCAACCUCAACGGCCUCUACCUGUUCGGAGACUACAUGAGCGGGAAGCUGAUGGCUCUGCAGGAGGACCGGUCCACGGGCCGCUGGACAGAGAGGAGCGUCUGCAUGGGGCACAGCAGCACCUGCUCCUUCCCAGGGCUCAUCAACCACCAUCACAAGUUCAUCAUCUCCUUCGCAGAGGACGAAGCCGGGGAGCUGUAUUUCCUCGCCACUUCCUACCCCAGCACCAAUUCUCCAUCUGGGGCGGUCUUCAAGUUUGUGGAUCCGUCCAGGAGAGCUCCGCCUGGGAAGUGCCAACAGAAGCUACUCCCAGUCAAAGUGAAGGGCAAGAAGUUUGCCUUUGUUCCCAGGGAAGCAACUCUGUUGGACGCCGGCGUGAAGCCCACACGACCUCCGCCGAAAAAAAUUAAAUUCGGCACCAAGCCUCCACCUCCAAAAACGAACAAACCUGCCUCCACCCCCACCCAACCACCAGCUACUAGCACUGCCAAACCUACGUCCACAAGAACUCCCAACCCCACUACAAAAACCUCCACCCCCACCCCCACCAAGGCCCCAAGCUCUGUCGAACCCACCUCCAACUCAACCCCCACCAAGGCCCCAAGCUCUGCCGAACCCACCUCCAACUCCACCCCCACCCAGUCCCAAUCCCUAAGCCCUGCCGAGCCCACCUCCACCUCCACCUCCACUCAGUCCCUGGCCCCAAGCUCUGUCAAACCCACCUCCACUUCCACCACCACCCACUUUCAAUCCCUAAACUCCCCCACUGUCGUCAUGUGGCCUGGGAGCGCUUCUUUGGUUAGCAUACCAACAAAGGCCCCUUUAAAGACAAGAGCCAAGUCCAAGAAGGCGAGAAAUCGAAAAAGAAAGAACAGAAAAAACUCACGGUCGAAGAUUAGAAGAACCAACCGGUGACAGAAACGGCCAAGGCGAAAGGCCAAAGACUUGUUUGCGACCAAAAGACCAUCGGCAAGAUUUUACUUCAAAUAGUCGAGCAAAAGUUUCACACGAUCAAGGUGGACAUAAACUCGGAGGGACUUUGUGAAGCGAUUCUGAGACCCUUUCCAAUAUAAGCGGGACAACGUUGUUGAGAACUUCAAAAUACAGAGGCAAACACCGGAAGUCUAGUAUAGCCGAUCAGCUUUUCCUUAAAACUCCUUUCCAUUUAAGUAAAUAUAGCUUUCGGAUAUUUCUUUACCUUGACAUGCAAUCAGUGUUUGCCAUCCAUGUUUUCCGGUGAAAAUCCAACGUUGCCUUGGGCUUCAGUGGAUGGAAUUCUGUCUAAUUACAUGUGCCCUAUUUUGGAACACGCGAUGAUGCGACCCAUUUGGGACGUCAUAAAGUCAUUGACACGAGGUAAUCACUGGUCCCUGGGUGUUUGAAGGUGUUUCAUAUUCAGCCAGGGGAUACAAAUAGCGGUUGUUAAAUUUGGCUUUUUAAAGGCUUUCAAUUACAUGCAGGCAGAGCUCCGAAAUGACUCUAACUAACUAACACUAACUGACUCUGUUACAUCACUAAGCAUUUGAUAUAAAUAAACAUAUGUGGACUGAUAAUUGCUAUUGUGUGUGUGUGUGUGUGUGUGUGUGUUAGUGUGUCUGUGUGUGUGUUUGUGUGUACAAGAGACUCUUGGCUGUUCAACUUCAAGCUCAACGCAAACAUUUAAUUUCCUGUGUUUUCGAUACUUCACAAAGUACAUAUCUGGAGACUAAAUCCCUCAGUAUUCAAAGUCUAACCCGUACCUGUUCCAUAAUGACCGGUCUGUCACUGUCUAACCCCUGCACCUUAACGACCUAUCUCUCAGUGUCUAACCCCUACCUGCUCCUUGCAACCUGUCUCUCACUGUCUAACCCCUACCUGCUCCUUAACGACCUGGCUCACUGUCUCACCCCUACCUGUUCCUUUGUGACCGGUCUCUGUACUGUGUAGCCCUAUACCUGC